GGACGUGUUUGCAGAAUGAGAGAAAGAUGUCGGAAAUCAACUUGUAUUUCAACUAAUUUUACUUCAAGUCAAUCUCUACAAAAUCCGAAGAAGGAUCCUUUAAUUCCUGACUUAUGGGAUCAACGGUAUUACUUUGAUAAAGAAGGAAUUCUCCCUGUAGCUCAGCGGCUAACAAUGGGAAGAGGUGAGGCUUCAUCAGCAACAUCACCAGCAUCCCAAGAAUGGAUUGCACGUUCUGGUCCCGACUACGACCGGUACCAGCACCAACUUAUUUAUCGAAUAGGAAUCUACGGCUGGAGAAAACGGUGUCUCUACCUCCUCGUUAUUCUUCUAAUGGCUGUCGUCAUCAUUAAUUUAGCCCUCACAAUCUGGAUUAUCAAAGUCAUGGACUUUUCCAUCGAUGGAAUGGGCAGGCUAAGAGUGGUUGAAAAUGGCCUCCGUUUGGAAGGAGAUGCAGAGUUCCUCCAUGGGCUUUAUGCUGCAGAGAUCUGUUCAAGGGAG